AUGGCCACGCAAACAGCGAUGGAGAGGACAACGACAAAUGUCAACGAAGACACCGUUCAAACGCAUAGGCUGGGAUUGAAUAUUACGGUUGUUGAGGAGACCAAGAAUAUUGAGGGCAGUAGAAUAGGUGAAGGCGGCUAUUCAGACUUGUCGCAGCUUACUGCUUAUCAGCGUGAUUCAUGGCACGAGCGGUUUAGCACUGCCACCGUGGGCAUUCAUCAAGAUGCCAUAUUUGCCUCACUGGUAUAG